CAGAACCCAGUAAUACACAUAAACUAGAAGAGUUGUACUGCUAAUGCUUUGCCAGAAAUUGUUGAAUAUCAUAAUGGCUUUGUAGAUAUAUAUAUAUAUAUAUGAAUGAACAAACCGCAUGUACAGUACUCUGUGUACCAUGGUGGAUCAUACUACUCUCUGUGUACCAUGGUGGAUCACACUACUCUGGGUACCAUGGUGGAUCACACUAUUCUCUGUGUACCAUGGUGGAUCACACUACUCUCUGUGUACCAUGGUGGAUCACACUACUCUCUGUGUACCAUGGUGGAUCAUACUACUCUCUGUGUACCAUGGUGGAUCACACUACUCUCUGUGUACCAUGGUGGAUCACACUACUCUGGGUACCAUGGUGGAUCACACUAUUCUCUGUGUACCAUGGUGGAUCACACUACUCUCUGUGUACCAUGGUGGAUCACACUACUCUCUGUGUACCAUGGUGGAUCACACUACUCUCUGGCUACCAUAAGGGAUCACACUAAUCUCUGUGUACCAUGGUGGAUCACACUACUCUCUGGGUACCAUGGUGGAUCACACUACUCUCUGUGUACCAUGGUGGAUCAUUAUACUCUGUGUACCAUGGUGGAUCACACUACUCUCUGGCUACCAUAAGGGAUCACACUAAUCUCUGUGUACCAUGGUGGAUCACACUACUCUCUGGCUACCAUGGUGGAUCACACUACUCUCUGGGUACCAUGGUGGAUCAUACUACUCUCUGUGUAACAUGGUGGAUCACACUACUUUCUGGCUACCAUAAGGGAUCACACUAAUCUCUGUGUACCAUGGUGGAUCACACUACUCUCUGGGUACCAUGGUGGAUCACACUACUCUCUGGGUACCAUGGUGGAUCAUACUACUCUCUGUGUAACAUGGUGGAUCACACUACUCUCUGGCUACCAUAAGGGAUCACACUAAUCUCUGUGUACCAUGGUGGAUCACACUACUCUCUGUGUACCAUGGUGGAUCACACUACUCUCUGGGUACCAUGGUGGAUCACACUACUCUCUGUGUACCAUGGUGGAUCAUAUUACUCUCUGUGUAACAUGGUGGAUCACACUACUCUCUGGCUACCAUAAGGGAUCACACUACUCUCUGUGUACCAUGGUGGAUCACACUACUCUCUGGCUACCAUAAGGGAUCACACUAAUCUCUGUGUACCAUGGUGGAUCACACUACUCUCUGUGUACCAUGGUGGAUCAUACUACUCUCUGUGUAACAUGGUGGAUCACACUACUCUCUGUGUACCAUGGUGGAUCACACUACUCUAUGUGUACCAUGGUGGAUCACACUACUCUCUGUGUACCAUGGUGGAUCAUACUACUCUCUGUGUACCAUGGUGGAUCACACUACUCUCUGUGUACCAUGGUGGAUCAUUAUACUCUGUGUACCAUGGUGGAUCACACUACUCUCUGGCUACCAUAAGGGAUCACACUAAUCUCUGUGUACCAUGGUGGAUCACACUACUCUCUGGCUACCAUGGUGGAUCACACUACUCUCUGGGUACCAUGGUGGAUCAUACUACUCUCUGUGUAACAUGGUGGAUCACACUACUUUCUGGCUACCAUAAGGGAUCACACUAAUCUCUGUGUACCAUGGUGGAUCACACUACUCUCUGGGUACCAUGGUGGAUCACACUACUCUCUGGGUACCAUGGUGGAUCAUACUACUCUCUGUGUAACAUGGUGGAUCACACUACUCUCUGGCUACCAUAAGGGAUCACACUAAUCUCUGUGUACCAUGGUGGAUCACACUACUCUCUGUGUACCAUGGUGGAUCACACUACUCUCUGGGUACCAUGGUGGAUCACACUACUCUCUGUGUACCAUGGUGGAUCAUAUUACUCUCUGUGUAACAUGGUGGAUCACACUACUCUCUGGCUACCAUAAGGGAUCACACUACUCUCUGUGUACCAUGGUGGAUCACACUACUCUCUGGCUACCAUAAGGGAUCACACUAAUCUCUGUGUACCAUGGUGGAUCACACUACUCUCUGUGUACCAUGGUGGAUCAUACUACUCUCUGUGUAACAUGGUGGAUCACACUACUCUCUGUGUACCAUGGUGGAUCACACUACUCUAUGUGUACCAUGGUGGAUCACACUACUCUCUGUGUACCAUGGUGGAUCAUACUACUCUCUGUGUACCAUGGUGGAUCACACUACUCUCUGUGUACCAUGGUGGAUCACACUAAUCUCUGUGUACCAUGGUGGAUCACACUACUCUCUGGGUACCAUGGUGGAUCACACUACUCUCUGUGUACCAUGGUAGAUCACACUACUCUCUGUGUACCAUGGUGGAUCACACUACUCUCUAUGUACCAUGGUGGAUCACACUACUCUCUGUGUACCAUGGUGGAUCACACUACUCUUUAUGUACCAUGGUGGAUCACACUACUCUCUGUGUACCAUGGUGGAUCACACUACUCUCUGUGUACCAUGGUGGAUCACACUACUCUAUGUGUAACAUGGUGGAUCACAGUACUUUCAUAAAACUGAAAACAUGCAACUGACUGAAGAGAUUGAUACUCAAUACAGAUACACCUUUAGUAAGUCAUUAUUUAAACCGCAGCAACUGCAUCUUUAUCAUUUCCAGUUGUCAAAGUUAAAGCAUAUUUUAUAUAUAAGGAGCAAUACAAACAUCCUUAAAGCUGGUGAUGAGAAAAGACUGCUAUAUGGCCCCUUCAUCUGGGGAGUCAGUGCUGGAGCUGGAUCAAUAGCAAAUAGAGAGCUAUAACAACAACUGCACUGUCAUACUGCUGGUCAUGUCUCUGAGUGUUCCCCAGCACAACAUGGUGGCUGAUACGUGGGACAGACAGAUAACUAUCAUGUCACCAAGUAUAUAGCUGUGCCCAGUGGUGGCAGAGAAAACAGGAUCAGGAGCUGCAAGUCUGCCAGAUGGAUGACAGGAUACACAGCUCACAGACUGCGUGGCUGUUAGCAAGACAGAAGAUUGCUGGAUCCUAGCCUACCACAGAGUGGUCUGUUCACCAUGAGCACGCCCAUUCCUGUAGCCAAUGAACAUGCGUCUGUACUGCUGAAGGUUGGGGGUGUGAAUCUGACAAGCAGCGUUGAGGACGAUGGCAGUGUGACGAAGGACUGGCAGCUUAUUGAUUCUUCGGUGAGUCCCGAUACGGUAACCAGCCUUGCAGAGCUGCUGCUGUCCGAACCUGACUUCAGGAUGUCGGAGCAGCUCCAUCGGUACCUUACUCCUGUGCUCAUCAUCAUUGGAAACUUUAGUAAUCUGUUGGCACUUCUUGUUUUGAGGAGAAAAAACUUGAGGCAACAUUCAGCAUGUUUUUAUAUGUCUGCGUAUGCUGUUGCCAACUUGUUGGUACUAAACUUGGUGUCUGGAGUAGCCUGGUUAUGUUACAUUCUACAGAAGCCAUAUAUAGCAACGCUCAGUGACUGGGGAUGUGGACUGUGGACAUUCAUGGCCAAUGUCAUGAUAUACAGUGGGAUAUGGUUUGUGGUAGCAAUGACUAUUGACCGCUAUGUUUUACUUUGCUAUCCAAACAAGGCACUGACAAUGUGCACAGUGUUUACAGCAAAGGUCUCUUCAGUGUUCAUCAUGAUAGGUCUGGUUGUCAUCAGUGUGCAUGCAAUGUGGACAUACCAACUGCAGGAACAUGGCUGUUUCAUCCCCUAUCACAUGAAGGACCUGCAUAUCCUCAUCUGGCCCUGGAUGUCGGCUACUUUCUACUCCUAUCUGCCACUACUGCUUCUCUUCCACCUUAACAUCUGCCUGAUGGUAUCACUGUGCCUAAAACGCCAUCGCUUACGCCGCACUAUUCAAGCUGAUGGUGGUGAUGACUUUAUUGUCAUCACUCUCAUCAUUUCCAUGUCCUUCUUUGCAUUGGCUGUUCCUGCCACCAUCAUCAACCUCAUCGAUAUCCAUGCUCCAAGCUCCUGGCUGAAUGCAAAGCUUAUUGCUCAGAUAGAACUCACAAAGAAAGUUACAGGAUUUCUCUCAGCAACUAAUCAGGCAGUAUUGGGAUAUCUUCUCCUUAUUUGCUCAAAAACUUUUCGCUCAGAGUUUGCUCAGUUUUUCAAAGACCUGACCAUAAAACGAAGGCCAAAAGUAUAUGAAAUGAGAAAUAUGAGUGGCAAUGAUGAUUCCAAUAGGAUCCAUGUUGAGUAUGAAAUCUGCAGUGAUGGAAGCCGAGCUAUCACCACAACGUUAUGAAAGUCUCUUACACCUCCUGGAACUUCAUAACAGCAUUCAAACAAACAUCCAUGGCAUUGUACAGUGUUGGAAUGUGUCAAACAUAAGGAAUACAAUCAUGUGCUCCGUGACUGUGUGGCUGGCUCCCAAUGCUGGCCACAGGAAGUGGGAUGAUGACCUGGUGUGGCCGGAUCAGCACAGGUGUGUAUCAGUAUGAUAGCGGCAAGCAUUAUAAAGACAUAAUUGCUGGUGCUAAAACUUUAAGUUGAAAAUCAACAGACUGAUGAGCAUCAACCUCUUAGAAAAACCUCAAAACUAAUUAGUGAAUUUGUCGAUCAAGAUCCAAUACAAAGAAGAUUCAUCACAUGCAUGCUAUGAAAAUGAAAGAAAUGCCUGUGGUAAAAUCAAUUAUUAUCAACACAUAGUGAUAAUUCUCCUAUCUAUAUCUCUCAGAAUAAGUAAUUGUGUUUGUACACACAAUCUGUAUUAAGACAUAUUUUCCUUGGAAAAUUGUAUGAUGCAUGUCUUAUGUCUUUCAUCAAAUGUUUUUGGUGUUGGGAAAUUAUGAUAUAUAUACAUCAAACACAUUUUGUCCUGAUAGGUUCAUCAUCCCUGUGAUUCCAUGAUAAUGCAUUUUAACAACUUUGUACUUCAGCUGCCAAUGUUUUCACAAAAUACAUGUACAGUAGAAAGCUUGGCCUAUAACAAAUCCUUUUGAAAUUCUUGAAGCUGAAUAACAUUUUUUAACUUAGGCCUGUUGGUUAAUUCAUCACUGAGAUCUACAACAACUUCACACGACUAAUGUCUGCACACAGCCUGUACAAUCCUGUUCUUACUCAAAUGAACUAAAAACUACCAUUUCUAUUAAUUGAUUUUAAAUACACACUUUAAAAGGUGGUAUGGGUGCUGAUAGCGGUUUACUGUUUAAACAAGUCAGCUCAACGUGAAACACAUUAUUUUCCUUUCAUUAUGAUAAAAAGGUUUAUCCAGAUGUGUUUUUUGCUGCCUUUACAAUAUGUGAUAAGCAUGAAACUCCCACAGCAAGCCCAGUAGAGGUGCAGUCCCACACAAUCAAUAUGGAGCUGAUGUGCCUUCCGCUCAACACAACUAACACAAGGAUUGCAAUUAACUGAUGCACUCCAACUUCUGUAUGGUAGACUUUUGUGUACAUAUUUUGUCUUAUGUGGGAAUUUGUCUCUCAGUCUGUGUAUUAAAUAAAUUCACACAUGUGA